GAGACCGCCAAGAUGACCGAAGAAAUUUGCAAAAUCUGCACAGACAACACGGCCAAAUAUAACUGCCCACGAUGCAACAUCCUGUACUGUUCCGUGACCUGCUACAAGUCGCCAAGCCACUUGGAAUGUUCGGAAGGAUUUUACCGGGAAAACAUCGUGGAAGAGUUAGCAUUGCGCCAAUCCGAGGACGAUGCCGCCCAAUCUGCACGCAGCAUGAUGGACAUUUUACAGCGGAUAGAGCAACAGGCGGAUGACGGUGAUGAUGACGAUGACGAGGAGUGCGUAGAAGAAAAAGGGGAGCUAGAUUCGGAUGACGACGAACAAGAAGCGGAUCUUACGGCGCGGUUGAACGGUAUCGAUCUCGAUGAUGCCGAAAAGGUGUGGGAACACCUGACCAACGCUGAAAAGGAGGAAUUUCAAAGAAUGCUGGAGAAUGGGGAAAUUAUGAGCGUGGUACCGGAGGUUGAAAUGUGGUGGACAAAGCCCUACAAAAUAGACCUAAUUCAGCCCCUCGAUUCACGGUCCCUGCAGGAGCAGCAUCUGCUUUCCUCCUGUCCCCCGGUAUGGGGUAAAAUUGCAGAUUUCAAACAAAUUUGUAAAAACGAACCUUCCGCAGCCGUUCGCUUCAACAUCGCCAACGUGCUGGCGGGUUAUUGUUUUGUGUUCAGUUACUUUUUCGGCGAUCUCCACGACAACGCACUGGAGGUAGUGGAUUGCCUAAUAGGCGUUUGCCUGAAUUUGAAAACCAGCACUAACUUCGAUUCGGAAGUGAUGGCUGUAGAAUCCGUCGUGAACGAAUGUCGCCAAAAGUGUUUGCCUAUCGAACGAAUGACGUCCGCUUCACUCAAGUCCUACGUUCAAACUCUGUUCCUAGGACCCACCGAGUGCGGCAAAAAGUUCAAGAAACACUUUAUCCUGUCAGCAUUGUCCGAUGUUCGUAGUCUUCUGAGUGAGGCUAGAAAAGAAUUCAAACAAUACCUGCGGUCAAAUGCGUCGUCGACGGUUCCGACAGAAGAUAAAGACGAUCUGCAGCACGCCACCCUCCAGAACCUGCACAGUUGCCAGAAGAAGGUUGAAUUCUAUCUUGCGUACGCAAAUUCUGCAAAUUGUUUGUGAACAAAUGGCGAAAAUAGAGA